GUUAGGGGCUCGGCCGAUCAUUCCCACGGCAGCGGACUUAGAUGGUGCUGGUGCCUACUUUUUUUUCAUGUAAUAGAUGUUCGAAACAUCACCGCCGGCGGUGCAGAGGGCAUCUGUGAUUACCAAACGGAAACCCGCACCAUUACGCUCUGCUGUCAUGCCGAAGCAGAAUCGUACUCCAGAACCUGAGCAACAAAAAGAGGAGCACCAGACACAGCAGCAACAGCAACGGAGGAAAUCUGACAAGGUUCAGCACCAUGAUGUGGCCCUGUGGGGUCUGGUGUCAGAUGCAGAAUCUGCUCGCAGGCUUAGUCAAGGCAAGGACAAGAACCAAAGGAAGUCGUUGGACGGCGUCGUCGAGUUUAAGUCGACAUUGACCCCGCCCAAGAAUUUGGAACCGCACUAUUCUGAGUGUGAGGUCCCCCUUGAGGAGCACCAAGAACGCUUUCGACGGAAGUUAGACCGAUGGAAGCGAGUUGAGCGCCAACAUCAGUACGAGGCGCCACCUCUUCCGUCAUACCAAGACUUGUAUAUCCCCACUUCUACGUCUCGGACUGCCUUAUUGGCGGAGCCAGAGGUUUGGCAAGAAGAUCAGCUCGAGGAACAGGAAAUUCUUGAGGAAGAGAAUGCUCAUCGGGAAAGGAUCCUACAGGACCUACGAGCUCAGAUGGCACGCGAGGAGGAGUUGCGUGAGAGGAAGAGAAGAAGAGACGAGGAAUUUGAGGAUGGGGAGGAGAUAAUGGAACGAAGGCGGUUAUCCAAGAGACGACGAGAAGCUGAAUUUUGGUCUUGAACAAAUCUCCUGAUAACUGUCCCCUCUGUACCGGGCAUCCACAUUUAAUAAAUAUUGAUGGAGCGGCGCGAGAUAUCAUCGUUACUGAGCUUUAAAAAGAAUCUAACAUGGAAAAGGAUAAGGCG